AUGCCCCGGGGGCAUCGGUGGUGCUCCGGUCCUCCCAUUCAGGGCUCCCUCUCCAUCGCUCUCCUCCUAUCCUGUCUUCAAGUCAGGAAGCAUGGAUUGCGGAAACUCAACUCAAUUAGCGAAGUCGACCACUCGGAUCACAACCCCCUCCUCGCCCGCAGUCGACCACUCGGAUCACAACGCGCCCACAGUCGACCACUCGGAUCACAACCCCCUCCCUGCCCGCAGUCGACCACUCGAAUCACAACCCCCUUCCCGCCUGCAGCCGACCACUCGAAUCACAACCCCCUCCUCGCCCGCAGUCGACCACUCAGAUCACAACCCCCUCCCCGCCCGCAGUCGACCACUCGGAUCACAACCCCCUCGAUACCCGCCCGCAGUCAACCACAUGGAUCACAACCCCCUCCCCGCCCGCAGUCGACCACUCGAAUCACAACCCCCUCCCCGCCCGCAGUCAACCACUCGAAUCUCAACCCCCUCGAUCCCCACCCGCAGUCAACCACUCGGAUCACGACCCCCUCCCCGCCCGCAGUCGACCACUCACAUCACAACCCCCUCCCCGCCCGCAGUCGACCAAUCGAAUCACAACCCCCUCGAUCCCCGCCCGCAGUCAACCACUCGGAUCACAACCCCCUCCCCGCCCGCAGUCGACCACUCGAAUCACAACCCCCUCGAUCCCCGCCCUCAGUCAACCACUCGGAUCACAACCCCCUCCCCGCCCGCAGUCGACCACUCGAAUCACAACCCCUCCCCGCCCGCAGUCGACCACUCGAAUCACAACCCCCUCGAUCCCCGCCCGCAGUCAACCAAUCGGAUCACAACCCCCUCCCCGCCCGCAGUCAACCACUCGGAUCACAACCCCCUCCCCGCCCGCAGUCGACCACUCGGAUCACAACCCCCUCGCCGCCCGCAGUCGACCACUCGGAUCACAACCCCCUCCCCACCCGCAGUCGACCACUCGAAUCACAACGCCCUCGAUCCCCGCCCGCAGUCAACCACUCGGAUCACAACCCCUCCCCGCCCGCAGUCGACCACUCGAAUCACAACCCCCUCGAUCCCCUCGAUCCCCGCCCGCAGUCAACCACUCGGAUCACAACCCCCUCGAUCCCCGCAUUUUCUGUACAUCCAAAUUCCCACUCACUGUCGUAG